ACCUAAUUAGCAUUCCAUGGGCUUCAAGGACAGGGGCGAGUAGUUGAGCGUCAAAAAGGGUCAAGAAAUCUCAUAUAUUAUUUAUCUCAAUCAUUUUAUUACACUGAAAGCUAGUUUCUGUGUAUUGUCUUGGUACCGGUGUAUCUAAAGGCUUUGGAGUGAGUUUCUGUUUAGCGAGAUAAGGAUGAAAAAUAGAGCUUGUGUGGGUUGACACUGUCCGUCGCUUGUGUUGUUGUGAUCCUGUGGUCUUCGGUGGCUUAACAUCUUACCACCCGUAAACUAAACGUCCUUUUACGAUGUCAUCGACGCCAUAUUCUCCCUUAAUCGACAAAGACACAGAUGAAGAUGCAAACCAACGAGACAACAGUGAAAGAAAGAAAUCAACUCUUGAGAGUGUACUCUCCAAGACUGGCUACCCCAUCAGUGUGUGGUAUAUCCUUGGAAAUGAGUUCUGUGAGCGCUUCUCUUACUAUGGGAUGCAUGCCAUUCUGGUCAUCUAUCUCACACACAUGCUUAAGAUGGAUGACGACUCUGCUACCGCUGUCUACCAUGCAUUCAACAUGUUGUGUUACUUCAGUCCUUUAUUAGGUGCUAUAUUAGCCGACAGCUGGCUAGGGAAAUACAGGACUAUCCUGUAUGUCUCCAUGAUCUACGCAUUUGGUAACAUUGUGGUGGCGAUCACAUCCAUACCAGCUAUUUUGGCUAAAGUCAAACUUACUGGUGUCAUGAUUGGUUUGUUACUGAUUGCUAUUGGCACUGGAGGCAUCAAGCCAUGUGUGUCAGCAUUUGGUGGUGACCAGUUUUCUGCAGCACAGGAAAAUCUUCUUCAGAGCUUCUUCUCUAUUUUCUACUUUGCAAUCAACCUUGGUAGCCUUCUGUCAAUGAUUGUUACCCCUAUCCUAAGAGGAGAUGUUAAUUGUUUUGGCAACAAUUGCUAUCCCCUGGCUUUUGGUGUUCCUGCAAUUUUGAUGAUAACAUCAGUUGGAUUAUUCUGGUGUGGUCGCAAAAAGUACAAGAAAAUUCCCCCAGAGGGAAAUGUUGUACUCCAAGUGACUUGUGCCGUUGGGUGUGCCAUAAAGAACCGUUUUCGAAACAAGGACCCAAGUGUAAAGAAAGACCACUGGAUGGACUGGGCUGAGAAUGACUACGGGGCCAAAAUGAUCAGUGACAUUAAAGCGUUGUUCAAAGUGCUCUUCAUGUUCUUACCAAUGCCUGUGUUCUGGACACUUUUCGACCAACAGGGAUCUCGUUGGACCCUGCAAGCUGAGGAAAUGGAUGGCGACUUGGGAGCUUUUGGGACAUUGAAGCCAGACCAAGUGCAGGCCAUGAAUCCUGUUUUUAUCCUGAUCCUCAUCCCUUUGUUUGAGUAUGCCAUUUAUCCACUUCUGAGCAAGUGCAAUCUUCUGGUCAAGCCACUUCAGAGGAUGUGUGCAGGCAUGCUUUUAGCUGCAAUCUCCUUCGUGUUUGCCGCAUUCUUGCACAUCGCUAUUCAGAAAAGUCGGCUGCAUGUGGUGGAGCCACCGAAUGGUUUUGCCAACCUACGAGUGAUCAAUGCCGCUCCCUGCCCACUUAAAGUCAGUGGUUUUGGGUUUGACACCUCGUUAGCCGUUGACAAGGCCUCCGUGUAUGCACAUGUGCCCAUAACGCUAACAAACCUGAAGGUUGAAAGCCAGAACUGCUCCGUGGCUGUACCAGAGAAGAACUUCCUACUCAAAAUCAGUGAACACGAGGUCAACACCUUCGUCAUCGGAACAAAAAAUAAGGAGCUAGUCGGGCUAAAGCUCAAAGAUCUCAGUGCCCCCCUCAAAGCCGGUGUCAUCAAAGCCAGAUUUGUUUACCUUGGAGGCAACAUCACUGAUAAAGUAGAUAUUAAACUGAACAAGACAUUGACUUUCUCUGGCGUGACUGACCUAAUGUCAGACACCAACUACACUCGUAUUCUCUCGGACCACUACAACAUCAGAGUAAAAAAGUUCAAUACAUCACAGGAACUAUUUAAGAAACAAGUCUACUUUGGAAAUGGUGGAGUGUUUACGGUAGUGAUACGUGAAGACCCUGACAAACCUGGCGAGCUUGAGAUGAUUCGCUACACAGACGUCCGGCCAAUGUCCAUCUCCAUGUUAUGGCAAUUACCACAGUACAUCGUGUUGACGAGUGGCGAAGUGCUGUUCUCUAUUACCGGCUUGGAGUUUGCCUACUCCCAGUCCCCCGUCAGUAUGAAGUCGUGCAUCAUGGCCGCCUGGCUGCUCACCGUAUCUAUUGGCAACGCCAUCGUGGUAGUGUUUGCAGAGGCUCGUAUCACAAACAAUAUGGCGACAGAGUUCUUUUUCUUCGCGGGUCUACUGGCUGUGGUAAUGCUGAUAUUUAUGUUCAUGUCGUACUAUUACAAGUACGCCUCUUACUCCGCUAACGGCGACGUGAAAACUGAAGACCACAUCCCUCUCCAAGACGCUGGCGAUAUGGGAGCCGAGUCAGACAAGUGAUCGCCAUUCACGCACCCACCAAAUAUAUAUUAAAUAGAACUCACAUAAACGGGACAUGAGAUCCGAGACAGUGCUCGCCAUUCACGUACCCACCAAAUAUAUAUAAAAUAGAACUCGCAUAAACGGGACAUGGGAUUCGGAACAGACAAGUGAUCGGCACACACACUUAGGAAAAUAUAAAGUACAACUCGUAUAAACGGUUGAUACCUGUAUUACUACAGGUUAUUGUCCGUUAUACACGAACUCCCUUGCGUGCUAGGCUAUUUUACAUGAAUUAUAAGAAGAAGAAACUUCAGUCCCGUAUGUACGAGUAUCUAUUAAAUGCGAGUGUACCCUGUUUAUCAAGUGCAAAGGGUAGAGUGACGGCUGAAUAGGCAAAGACGUAAGCAUGUUGAAAACAGACAAACACAAAGUUGGAGUAUUUAGUUUUAUGCACAUGUGCGCUGACGUUUCGAGUACUAGCCCUUAGUCGGAGUAAAAGAACGAAGGGCUCCCAGCAAGGUCUGUUGCUCGAAAUAUUAACCAUCCACAAUCACAGAUUUGGUAUCAUCAAAUUAUUAUUUCUUUCAAAUACAUAAUAUUUCUUUAUUUUUUUAACUUUUAGGAUCUAGCUCACUUAAAAUUGAUAAUCGAUUCUGCCUGAUAUUUCAAAUACCAGUUUUUGGUGAACCAUAUUUAUUACUCUGGUAAACGAAGACGACCAGUUUUUUUUUUUUUUUGGUUUAUUGCCUUUGAGGAUCUCGAUACAGUAGAACUCUGAUGCCGUUUUCGUUGUUGUCUAACUUGAAAAGUCCAAAUCCUGAUAUUGUCUAAAUUCAAUGGCAGGGAAAUAAGAGCUAAUAGUAUAAGUGGAUACACUGGCUAAAAAAUGCCUGACUAAUAUGUAAAUGUGGUUAUUUUCGCGCUUCUGUUCGCGCUUAUUUUGUCCAAUGUUUAGAAUAUUUCGGUGGCGUAUUGGUACAAAAGGUUAGACCCUGAGAGGUUGUUCGUCAGACCCUGAGAGGGUGGUCGUCAUAUUCUAAGAGGGUGGUCGUCAGACCCUGAGAGGGUGGCCGUCAGACCCUGAGAGGGUGGCCGUCAGACCCUGAGAGGGUGGCCGUCAGAUCCUGAGAGGGUGGUUGUCAGACCCUGAGAGGGUGGUGGUCAGACCCUGAGAGGGUGGUCGUCAGACCCUGAGAGGGUGGUGGUCAGACCCUGAGAGGGUGGUGGUCAGACCCUGAGAGGGUGGUCGUCAGACCCUGAGGGGGUGGUCGUCAGACCCUGAGGGGGUGGUUGUCAGACCCUGAGGGGGUGUGUAUUGUGCAACAACUUUUAGAUGCGCGCGAAAAUUUCCAUGUUAACAACAGAAUUAUGUUCCUGUACACAAAGUUUACACAUCAAAUUAUGUGGAAAUAUGAUUAGCAAUAUAGUCUUCUUUGCUGGACUAAAAGUGUUGUAUUUAAAAGUGAGCUGUGCUAAUGGCGAUAUUUAUUCUACGUUCUUGUUAAAUAGACCACCUAUUCCUUGCAAGCUCUAGGAAUAUAAACAUUGUAGUAUCUGUAGUAUCUACGGGGAAUGUAAAGUAAAUUGUAAAAUUCGAAAAACUAUUAAUGGGACGGGGGAAAUGAAUUAAACUCCUGAAAUGUC